GUCAGCUUUAACCUGAUACUACACGAAGUUUUACACCAACUUAUACUGUACGGUACGGCGCAAAUGCCGUCGAUUAGCGGUAGUAUUUUGCCCUUGUCUACGAACUUCCUCGAUGAUACUUCAAGUUUGUUCCCUCGGUGUUUUUUAACGGCCGGGCUGACCUCGAAUCUCCAGUAGUGGCAGUUCUGCGGUUAUAGGCGUUCUUUUGUGUUCUGGACCCUUGAUGAGCAGUAUCCCGAUGCUAAUUCAAACCGCCUUUGCCCAAAUAGCAGGACCCUAAAUGCAUGUACUUUUGGAAUGCUCACUCAAAGCCAAAUUAUAAUAAGUCCAUCGUGCGACUGUGGAACCGCCCUUUCCGUUGUCCAACGACUUUCACCCAGAGCUCUUCUAUCCCUGAAAUUAGCUGAGCGCAUUGCAACACAUGAGUUCAACUGCAACAGCAGCAGCAGAUGUCCUUAGUUCAUUUUCUUAUGCGCAAAUUGCUGUCGCUGUCGCCGUCUUGUAUGAUCACUCAUUGACCUUCGCUCGUGAAAUAGAUUAUAUAUGGCGGAGGCCGCCUUCAAUAGUGGCCGCCUUAUAUCUAUUGGACCGCUACCUGGGCGAUUCCGUCGUGAUCAUUGGUGUAUAUCUGUGCCUCACUGAAGAUGCAUCAACACAAGUGAGCUUUCGGCUUUUCCAAGUCCGAGCGUGGGGUACUCUUCUGUGUUCGUGGCUUACUCAGUGCAUCAUGCAACUCCGAAUAUAUGCUAUGUACAGGCGGACUAGGCGGAUACUCAUGAUAUUGGUCUUUGCUUUCUUCAGCGAGGUCCUGGCUGUCGUUGUAAUCAUCUGGAGAACCAUUGGUCCAGCAAGCCAAUUGAUUGUCACCAACGAGUCUUCAAGUUUUCCUGGAAAGCACCUGUGCACCUUCUCCGGGAUCAACACGGAUUUCACCUAUUUGUUCAUACCCGUCUUUUGCUUCGAGCUAUUGCUCUUCUUCUUGGCCAUUAGAGUUUCCCUCAAUAAUAUGAGAGAGAGGAAGGCCACCCCUGGUACCUCCAGCUUGCGCGUAAAUUCAUUCAUGAGCAUACUCGUGCGAGACAGCAUUUUAUAUUUCUUCAUGUUAGCAUCAUCUACUUCGUACGUUCCUAAUCACCGGUUGAUAAUUGAUCUAUCUAGAAACCUGGCGAUGUGCGUUAUCGUCAUGAGCCUGUGGCGGAAUGCCGCUGCCCUACACGCAAAUAUAUCUAUCCCGUUCAUCAUGCUUGUCGAGACCAUAAUUGGCACCCGCAUGGUAAUCAACUUCAAGGAACAUUGUUCUCGCCGGUUGAACUCGGAACCGAUCAUGAUCACUGGGUCAAUACACUUCGCAGGAGUUGGUGAAGAGUCUGCGCGCCAGGUUACGAACUAUGACCAGUUGAACGAAGGUGACGAGGAGAUGCAGCCGGUCAAGAGUGAUGAAGAGAGUACUGAGGUCAUCACUUACGAAGAAUUAUAACUUUUGAUUGCUGCGAUGCAUAUACAUGUACAAAGCACCGAGUCCAUACGACCGGCGUAGAUGCAAUAUAAGGUACUGGAUGUUACGAU